AAGCAUUUUGUGUGAGGCAUAGAGAGAGAGAGAAAGAAAGAGAGAGAGUGAAAUAAGCACAAAAGGCUCGAACUUUGGCCUUCCUCGUGCUUAGCUUUGCUUUGGCUGCUACUAGUGUACAAAAACAAACAGGGUUUCUAUUUCGAUUCAUGGAGAAUGCCGCCGUUAAAUCAUCGACUCCCUCGAAUCUAUCGGAAAUCAUCUCCAGAUUCGCUAAAGUCUGCAAAUUCAGAUCCAUUGGUUUGUUCCCUGACCAGAAGCCGAAUUUGAACGACACUUGUGAUGAAGUAGAAGAAAUCUUCGAGGGUAAAGCCAACGAAACUGAAAUCCGCGAAAUCAAUCACAAACCCUCGAGAAAGAUUCGAAAUUUUCGUUCUGAUGAUGAGAUUUCGAAGCUCUUUGGCAUAGUUUCAGCGCUUAAAAUCGCUUAUCUCGACUUUCAACAAGCUCAUUUGCCUUAUGAUCCAGACAAGAUCGUAGAAGCAGACAACCUCGUCGUGUCUCAGCUCGAGGCCUUACGCAAGAUCAAGCGUCUCUACCUCAAAACGAAGCAGCUCCGCUCGAAGACCGAGCUUGAUGCUGCUUCUUAUUUGGAUCGAUUGAGAGAUGAAAUCGAAGUGAGCGAGAAGCAUUUGGAGAAACUCAAGGCACAGGUGAAAGCAAAGGAUAGUGAGAUUCACUUUCUAAAGGAGAAACUAGACUGUUUGGUUGCAGAGAAUAGUAAACUCGAAGAGAGGAUUGUGACUGUUUCUUCGUUUGAAUUCGCGUUUAGAGCUGCUUCCAAGUCGAUUCACGACUUUGCGAAGCCAUUAAUCACUCUGAUGAAAGCUACAGAUUGGAAUUUGGACAAGGCAGUGGAAUCUAUUGUGGGAAAUGUAACAUAUGCUAAAAACUCAGAUAAGAAGUUUGCUUUUGAGUCGUACAUUGUUCGGAGAAUGUUUCACGGUUUAAAGCUUAAUCCGUGUGAUGUGACUGAACUAAUGAGUUUCGAGGAUCCUUUGGACGCGUUAACAGCGUUUCCAGAUUCUGCGUUUUCCAGAUUCUGCGGUCAGAAGUAUCUUUUAGUUGUUCAUCCGUCGAUGGAGGCUUCGUUCUUUGGAAAUUUGGAUAUGAGGGGUCUUGUUUUGCUUGGUAAGCAUCCAAGAACGAUGUUUUAUCGAAUCUUUGCGAAAAUGGCGAUAUGGGUAUGGAUUCUUGGAUCGUUUGCAGCUUCCUUGGAUCAAAAAGCUCAGAUUUUUGUGGUUAGAAGAGGAGCUAGAUUCUCAGGUGUCUACAUGGAAUCUGUAGUGGGUGAUGAAAAAGAAGAUGGAGAAGGUGAUUUAAGCGUUGAGUUCAUCACAAUGCCGGGGUUUAAAAUCGGAGAUUCAGUGAUUAAAUCUCAUGUUUAUCUUUCGAAAACAAAAGGGUAAAAAGAACCGCUCUGCAGAUUCAGUUAUUUCGAAAGUGUCAGGUCUCUGCAGAGUUCUCCAUAGAAUCUGGAGACAAGUUCAAUGAAGACAGGGCUCUUAAGAUUCUUCCAACAAAAGAGAAGCUCCUCUAUGUCCAUUAAGUCAUCCAUUUUCCCUUCUUCAACAAUCAGAUGAAUCAGAAAGUUUUCAAAGCUUCUGCAAGCAUCUUCCACGGCAUUGUCUUCGAACGUAUCUCUUGAGCUCAGCGAUUUCUUGGCCCGUGCUGCAUAAACAGGCGUGGUGGUUGGUGAAUUGAACAGUUUCUUGGCUGCUGCU